GACUUGAUAGCCAGGAAAUUCUCACGUCGAGACCAAUGCCAACUUUAUAGCACCCUCUGUGUCCUCGUGCAACGUGCUGCUAAUAACGACGUCGUUGGCUGCCUUUUUCCAGCGGCCCGCACCCGAGAAUAUACCAUCCCUUGACAGCCAUCACAAACCAUGGCCCCACUUACCGCUGACGAGCUGCUCAAACACGCCGAAUAUAACCACACCAUAUGGCCUCUCAACCCAGAAAAGAAAGGAGAAGCAGAGGUUGCUAAAGACAGAGGUGGCCCGAUAAAGAUAGCGUACGAGGUCCACGGCCACGGCGACCAACACAUUGUUUGGGUUAUGGGCCUUGGUGGCAUGAAGUACGCGUGGCAGCGCCAGACGAAAGACUUUGCUCACACAAAGCCCGACCAAUAUUCGUCGCUAGUCUUCGAUAACCGUGGCAUUGGCGAUUCAGGCAAACCCAGAUUCCGCUAUUCCACCUCGGAGAUGGCCAAGGAUGUCGUCGAACUGGUUGAUCAUCUUGGUUGGACAGGCAAGCGCGAAUUACACAUCGUUGGCAUAAGUAUGGGAGGCAUGAUUGCACAAGAACUGGCUAUGCUCAUACCGGAACGCAUCUGUACGCUAUCACUAGUGUCAACUGCCGCAGGUCUCUUUAGAACUACCGGCUUCGUAGAAAACCUCUGGAACCGCGCUAACCUCUUCAUCCCCAAAUCAAUCGACAAGCAAAUCGACAACGUAAAGAAAAACCUCUACACACAAGCCUGGCUCGACGCCCCGGACACACUCGAACCCGUAGAGCAAUCCUUCCCCACAAACGGCGACCGCUUCGCCGCCAAUGAACUCUGGAAACGCCAGCAUCCCGAGUACUUCCAGAGAACCGGCUUCAUCUUACAAGCCAUCGCAGCCGGCUGGCACCACAAGAGCGCCGAGCAGUUACAGCAGAUUGCCAAGACAGUGGGUAAAAAGAGGAUUAUGGUCGUGCACGGGACGCAGGACCAUAUGAUUACUUUUCCGCACGGGGUAGUGCUGUGGCGGGGCUUGGAGAAGGGUGAGGGGGUGACUGGGGCGGAGAACUGGCUGGGUAUUGAAGAAGAAGAGGACGUUUUCCAAGAGGGAGAAGUUGAGAAGCAUUUUGUAAAGGGGCAGGGUCACGUUCUGCCUGCUGAGAUGCGGGGUGAGUUUAUGGAGUGGCAGGAGGGCCUGAUUGAGCGGGGCGUCAGGCUUAAUGGUGAGGAAAGUGGGUGA